ACUUAUCGACCUGCUUACUUGUCUUCUUUUGUCCAUAGUUUCAAAAAAAAGCUGUGAAAACUUCUCCCCUGCUUCAUCUGCCUCACUUGCACGCUGGGAGAAUUCGUCAUUGCUUUGUUUGACAGGUCCAAACACGCUAGUUGCCAUUUUCUGUGGCCGAUUUUUUUUUACACCACGUUUGCAAUCUGAUAUGGCACAGGUACGUACGUAGUGUUGUACUAGUUGGGCGGAGCCCGACCGUCCCUGACAGGAGCCGUUGGAACGGGUGCCGGGCUCCGCCCAGCUAGUGUUGUACCAGGCAGAGAUCGAGAGUGCAUGCUGGUGUUGGAACUGGACUCUGGGGUGUAAAGUCUUCAACGGAUGGUGUCACGUGAAGCGGAGGUGACAAAAGAAGAAGAAGAGCUCUGCUGGAGGAGAAUUGCUAAGGAGAGAGUGGGUGAAGUCUAAGAGUGAUGAGUACAAGUUAAAUCCUGCUAAGUGCAACACCACGUAUACUUUUAGGGUAUUUCAGUGGAACAUGCUAGCAGAUGCAAUGGCUCAUGGAAAUUUUGUUAAGUGCCCUGCUGAGGUACUGAAGUGGUCGUAUCGCAGCCAGCUUAUUUUGAACGAGAUAUGUAGAUCUGAAGCAGAUAUCAUCUGUCUUGAAGAGGUCGAUCAUUUUUUGGACUUUUUUGAACCACAUCUAUCCCGUCUAGGAUUUGAAGGUUUGUUCGUUCCCAAAAAUGAUUCGCCAUGUCUUCAAUACCAGCCUAAUAACGGACCAGAUGGUUGUGCUUUGUUCUUUCGUUCUUCGAUGUUUGCACUUCUUGAAAAAAAAGAAUUUAGAUUGAAGAAUGAAACUCAAGGUAUUUCAAAUCAAGUUGCUUUGCUUGCACGAUUGAAAAUCGAAGAUGCCAACAAGGCAAAAGAUUCACCCUUUUAUACACUUUGUGUGGGAGUCACUCAUUUAAAAGCGAAAAGAGACUACCAAGCAUUGAGAGCAGCUCAAGGUGAACAUCUCCUCUCUGAAAUGGCCUCAUUUGCCAGUGAUGAGCAUGCAAUUAUCUGUGGGGACUUCAAUGCUACACCUGACGAGCCUGUGUACCAACACUUCACCAAUAACAAGACUCACCAAUUGCUGAACCUGUCCAGUGCUUAUGCUGCAUCGUUCAAUGGAGAGAAGGAGCCACCGCUAACAUCUUGGAAGUUUAGAGCAUAUGGUGAAUCGGAGUACACAAUCGACUACAUCUGGAUUUUAAAAGAUAAGAUGGUAAUAGACUCGAUAUGGCGAUUGCCAACAAAAGAAGAGAUUGGUGAAAAUGCACUGCCUUCACCCAGCUACCCUUCAGACCACUUAGCGCUUUGUUCUUCUAUAACACUAUUUUAGCACUAUUGUAGCAUGCAGGGUAUUUAUGUUCUAUAUUAUGUUCUCGUCAACCCGUCACAUUUAGCGUCUUACAUUUUUUACAGAAGCAAUUUUUAGUCUCACUAUAGUUACGUCUUAUAUUUUUUACAGAAGAAAUGUUUAUAGUCUCA